GGAAGGAGCCGGCUGAAGGCUCUCCACCUCCCCGCGCGGCUGACCACACCUCCCCGCGCAGGCCGUGCAGGCAGCGGGAGAAGCAGGAAAUGCCGCACCAGCCGGCUCCCGGGAGUCUUCGUCUGACCGCCAGGAUGGAGCUGGGGCCGGCGCCCAAGACCUUCGCGCUGGAGCCCCGGUGUCUGGAAGAUGGGGGCCCGGGGCCUGACACCCUCUCAGGUGGCAGCGGUGGGAGUGAGAGCCAGGAGGAAGAGGCUCCGGAGAGGAGCAGCCCACCACGGCCAGUCAUCUCAGCCCCAAAGCGGGUCAGCAAGAGCACCAAGGAGGCCCAGCCAGCACAGCAGGAGCUGCAACCACAGCAGUUACAACCGCAGCCAGAGCUGCAACAACAGCCGCGGCCGCAAAACCAGCCGUCGGGACGCCGAUCAGCACUGCAGCCACCGCAGCAGCAGAAUGGACAAGAACAGCUGCAGGAACGACAAGAAAAACACCAACCCCGGCAGCAUCCGAGACCAAAGUCACAGCUGCCACUGGUGCAGCAGGUGCCGGAGCAGCACGUGGCAGAGCCACCGCAGGAACAGCCGCCGCCGCAGCGAGGACUCCAGGAAGAGCCCCGGUCUGUGCCACCUGAGCCCCUGAAGCCACAACUACAGCGGGUGCAACAGCAGGAAGAGUUACCAGCGCAGCAAGGACAAGAGCAGCAGCCGUUGGAGCAACAGCAGGAACGGUUAGGACAGCAGGCACAGCAGAAGCAAGGACAGUCACAGAUACAGGCACAGCUACAGCAGCAGCUGUUGCAGCAGCAGCAGCAACAGUUACAGCAGCAGCAGUUGUUACAGCAACAGCAGCUGUUGCAGCAGCAGCAGGAACAGUUACAGCGGCAGCUGUUGCAACAGCAACAGUUACACCAGCACCUGCUGCAGCAACAACAGUUACAGCAGCAGAUGUUGCAACAACAACAGUUGCAGCAGCAGCUGUUGCUGCAGCAGCAAGAACAGUUGCAACAGCAGCAGCUGCAGCGCCGUCCACUGGAGCCAGAGGAGGAGGAGGAGGUGGAGCUGGAGCUCAUGCCAGUGGACAUGGAGUCGGAGCAGGAACUGGAGCAGCAGCGGCAGGAGGUCCAGCGGCAGCAGGAGCUGGAGAGACAACAAGAACAGCGGCAGCUGCAGCUCAAACUGCAGGAGCAGCUGCGGCAGCUGGAGCAGCACCUGCAGCAGCAACAGCAGCUGGAGCAGCAGCAGGAGAUGCAGCUGGAGCUGACCCCCGUGCAACCUGAGCUGCAGCUGGAACUGGUGCCCACUGCGGGGACAGGCCCGGCUUCAGGACCUGGCGCCUCGGGACCUGUCAUGGUGGGGCCCCCGGGCUACGUGGUGCUGCAGGAGCUCAUGGUGCUGCCGGCCGUGGGCCCGCUGCAGCCAGCUGUAGCCCUACCGCCACCAGCUGUAGCCCUACCCUGGGUCACCUCGGCAGCCUUUGGACAGCUCCCUGCCAUCUACCUGGACGCUGGCCAUCUUGGGAAAUCUCGACCUGACGCCCUGCCUGAUGCCUUUGGUGGCUGA